ACGCCUUUCGUGCAUAGGCAGACGCACACCUUCCUGCGGUUUGGCCCGUUAGUUCCGGUCACUGUGCUGUGGUGCUACCGACUUGAACCAGCGCGGCAGCCGUCUCGUACAGUCAAAGAAUUCUCCAACUACCCGGCUAUAUAUUCAGUUACAGUGAACGUGGCCCGUAAACUGCAUACAGACCAUCUAUUGUCAAAUUUGUGAAGUAGAUUUUUCUACUCGGAGGCAGUGCAUUUUAGAAUUUCAGGUUGGGGGAAUCAUGAAGUACAAACAGCCGCUCGGAAGUGGUAUAUAGCAGGAGGCAGCGAGCCCGGAACAGCUGCGACGAACGCGCAGCUAAUGCCACAACUGCGACGACGCGACUACACCCCGAGCAACGCAACAGUGUAGCAGGCGAGAUGGCGGACGGGGGUGGUGGAGGCGGGGGCGGCGGCGGCGGCAGCGGCAGCAGCGGGGGUGUCAGUGUGGCGCUGCCGACGCCGGCGUCGGCGUCGACGUCAGUGUCGGUGUCGCAGUUCUUCAGCGAGCGGUCGGUGCUGGUCACGGGCGGCACGGGUUUUAUGGGCAAGGUGCUCGUUGAGAAACUGCUGUGGGCGUGUCCCGGCAUCAAGACCAUCUACCUGCUGGUCCGGCCCAAGCGCGGCCAUGACGUGCAGGCGCGGAUCGCAGAGCUCCUCAGCGGACCGCUAUUUGAUCGCCUGAGGAAAGAGCGUCCGCAAGAGCUGAACAAAAUUGUGCCAAUUCAAGGGGAUGUUACAGAACCUGAACUCGGAAUUAGCCAGUCUGACCAGAACCUGCUGAUUCGCACUGUUUCUGUUGUCUUCCAUUCAGCUGCUACAGUGAAGUUUGAUGAAGCCCUGAAGCUCUCUGUUACUAUUAACAUGCUAGGCACAAAGCGCCUUGUCGAGCUGUGUCAUCGUAUGCUGGGCCUUGAGGCACUAAUCCAUGUGUCAACAGCGUAUUGCAAUUGUGAUAGAGAGGAAGUGAAUGAAGUGAUAUAUCCUCCACCCUAUGAUCCCGACAAGAUAAUCCAAUGCAUGGAAUGGAUGGAUGAUGAUCUCAUUGAUGCCCUAACACCAAAACUGAUAGGCAACCGUCCAAACACAUACACUUUUACAAAGGCUCUUGCAGAAAGUAUGUUACUUACAGAAUGUGGGAAUCUUCCUGUGGCCAUAGUUAGACCUUCCAUUGUGCUGUCAGCUCUGCGUGAGCCGCUAGCAGGAUGGGUGGAUAACUUGAAUGGACCUACAGGAUUAAUAGCUGCUGCUGGUAAAGGUUUCUUCCGCACAAUGAUGUGUUCCAAUGACAAAGUUGCUGACUUGGUACCUGUGGAUGUUGUUAUUAAUUUGAUGAUAUGCGCAGCAUGGAGGACAGCAUCUGUAAGGCCUGAUGGCAUUGCUGUAUACAACUGCUGCACUGGGCAGAAACGGCCAAUUACAUGGAAACACUUUGUUGACUUGUGCUUCCUGUACAUGCGUUCACAUCCUGUGAAUGAUGUCUUGUGGUAUCCAGAUGGCACCUGCCAUACGCAUCGUGUUGUUAAUGCCAUUUUUCGUUGGACACUUCAUGUGUUACCUGCAUAUGCCAUGGAUUUUGCUAGACGGAUAUCUGGAAAGAAGCCAUUAAUGGUAAGAACCCAAGAAAAGCUAGACAAGGCAGCAUGUUGCUUAGAAUACUUCUCAACCCAGCAGUGGCAGUUCAAGGACGAUAAUGUUCGUCAGCUUUUCAGUGUUUUAAGUGCUGAGGACCGAAAGAUAUUUCCAUUUGAUGUGCAGCAGAUUGACUGGUCAUCAUAUGUUGAAAGUUAUGUGCUUGGCAUACGCCACUUCAUCUUCAAGGAACGCCCCGAUGACCUGCCUUCAGCACGAAGGAAACUCCAAAGGAUGUUCUGGAUUCAUCGAGUGACACAGCUUUUGGCAGUACUGGUGAUAUGGAGGAUGUUGAUGAUGCGAUCCCAGACAGCUCGUCGUGCAUGGUUCUUCAUUCUCGACUUCAUUCUGCGCCUGUCUCGCAUGGUACCAUAUGUAUGAGGUUUGGACACAACUUGCCUGUGAAUUUGUUAAUCAAUGGAAAGAGAAUGCUCAUUUCAUUUCCAUUUUGGGCUUCUGGAGUGAGGAAACUGCCAGUUAUGGAUAGGCAGCACCACUGUCACUGUGAAACUGUGUUCUUUCUGGCUACUGCUACUUUGGCCCGUGGUUGUUACUGUUAAAGAUUUUUUUGUGCAUUAUGAAAAUGAUGUGAUGAUGGACUACUACCAUAGACAAGUGAAGUUAUCUCAAAGAUUGGAAACUCAUUUUGCACAGCUCGGUUUACCUCUAAUCGUAGUAUUGUCUCUGAAAACUCAUUGGUCCUUGUUUUAGUUGCUUGUCACUUUUGUUAUUACAUUACACAAUUUUGUGCUGUUUUGUGUGAGUGAAAAGCAGUGCUUUGCAGUUAUCUACUUCACGUUUCUGAGCCGUGCAAGAUGUUUGGAGACUUGCUGUGCUGUUCUGUGAAAGAGUUGAUUUUGGACAUACUGAAUACAGAAUAACCAGCUUAGUGUAUCUUAAACUAGUAUGUUGAGGGCAGUUUGAAUAAGAUAUUUAUAUCAACAAUGUCUUUCCUGUAUAGUUUCUGAAGUUUUUUAUAUAAUGGAAACUAGUCUUUGUUUACAGCUUAUUAAUAAGCAGAAAAAUGUUUAAAGGCAGUUCCCAAUAAAGUGAAGAAUUUGUGUCCAUUUUUUUGCCCACUGUUUGUAAAUAAAGAUGGAGUGCAAGAAGAUGAUAUGCAGGUUAUUACUCUACUCUGUGAUAAAAACUGCACUGUAUUUUUGUAUUGUAAUUUAAUUGUGGGAAUAAGUUAUGGCUGAGUCACUUGUUUAUAGUAAGCAAAUUAUGUGUCAUUUUAAGAUGGAUUUUAAACAUGUCUUUUCUGUUGCAAAUUUAACAGUGCAUUUAUGCUGAAUUUACUAGAAGUACGUUUUUUCCCCCCUGUUUUUUUAGUUCUCUCUUUAUAUGCCAUUUGGCUCUGGUAGAUUUUUUCUGUCUGCGAACACAACUCCUAUCUCUCUCUCUCUCUCUCUCUCUCUCACACACACACACACACACACACACACACACACACACACACACACACACACACACACACAGUGUGUAUAAUCAAAAGUUCCCAGAACCUGCCGCUGUAAUAAGCAUUGUAUGCUAGGUGAAGCAGUAAGUCUACACAUGCAUGCUUUUUUUUUAAAGUCAUCACUGGAGUAAUAGUGUGUAUACUUAAAUUUGCACACAGUUUCUCUAAUCUGCCUUAUUAAUAUUGAGCCAUUGUUUCCUAAUUUGUGCAAUAUCCCAGAUGGUGAGUGAAACUCAAUGCUCUUGAAUAUUACUUGCACCCAAACAGUGUAUUGUGUGGGAUAGUAAUGGAAUCACAAGGAAGCCUGUAAAGUUCUAAGAAAGCUGUGCUACACUAACUUUUGGAUUUCAAAGCUACUUCAUACUUGCUGCUGAACAAAGUGUAAAUUUCAUAAAACGAUAGUGUUUAUGGAUCAAAUUGGUGGUGUUCUUUGUUAAAAGUAUGUUGCAGUCAUAUGUUGUAAUAUGUAAAACUCUUGGUAAACAGAAAUGCAAAUAUAGAGAUGUUGCUUAAAAAUUAAAA